CUAGACAAAACGAUAUCAUGAUGAAGUCAGUACUUGUACUUUGCGUUGUUGCGGUGUUGCAUACGGCAGCAUCCUCAGGCUGGAAUAAAAAUAAUGGCGGCAUCAUACUUCCGACCUUUAGACCUCCACCUAUAUGGCCAGGAAUUACCAGGACAGUACGUGAAGCUGGAGAUCAACCCUUAUGGCUGUACCAAGGAGACAAUCACCCGCGAGCCCCUUCAAGCGGCGAUCAUCCUGUACUGCCCUUGAUCAUAGACGAUGUGAAGUUGGACCCCAACAGGCGGUACGUGCGUAGUGUGAACGAGCCGUCGUCACAGGAGCAUCACGAACGCUUUGUGAGGAGCUUCGACUCCCGCAGCAGCAGGCAUCACGGCGGCAGCCACUCUACGUCCAGCGGCAGCCGCGACACUGGAGCUACUCAUCCGGGAUACAAUCGUCGUAACUCAUAAUCUGUGGUUUAAUCCAUUAGAAAUUUGUGUUUGUAUUUUGAUAAAAACAAUGAAACAUACAUAAAAUUGUCUUUUUGAAUAAAUAAGUACAUUUACCUAUUUUAA